AUGCGUUUACCGCGCCAAGUGUCGAAACAGCUGGCCUUUGUUCCGCUUCAGGACGCGUCCGGGACGAUCCAGCUAAAGCUGAGCGGUGACGACAGUGUGCUGGAAGCGAUGCGCUCUACCCCCUUAGAGAGUGUCAUUUCCGUUCGCGGCACCGUCCAGGCGCGUGCCGACGCGGUGAAAAAUGCGAAGAUGCGCACCGGCGACGUCGAGGUGCACGUCACCGACUGGCAGCUACUAAAUGCAGCGGAAGCAGCGCUCCCAUUUUACCCCACGCAGUGCCACGAUACCAACCUUCCCAAAGAAAGCCUCCGCGCGCGCUAUCGGUACCUCGAUUUGCGGCGCGUUGCACUCGCUGAAAAUAUCCGGCGCCGAAGCCGCGUCGCGCACGCAGCGCGCUGUUUUUUGCACAGCCGCUACUUUACCGAAAUUGAGACACCGGUGCUCUUGCGCUCCACGCCAGAAGGCGCGCGCGAGUUUCUUAGUCCCACGCGCGUUCCCCAAGGCACGCCGCCGUCGUUUUAUGCACUACAGCAAUCACCCCAGCAGCCAAAACAGCUGCUCAUGGCGUCUGGCGUGACGGACCGCUACUUUCAAUUUGCAAAAUGCUUUCGCGAUGAGGAUGGGCGCAAAGACCGGCAGCCCGAAUUCACUCAAAUUGAUGUGGAAAUGAGUUUCGUUGCAGGUGCAGACGCCGCGCCGUGGCGGAUCGGCGGUGCAGAAGUGCGUGAUACCGUGGAAGGGCUCGUGCAUGCAAUGUGGGACGCUGCAGAGAUGCAGGAAAGACUUCCACACUCGUUUCCUGUCUAUACAUAUACCCAAGUCAUGUCCACGUACGGAUCCGACAAACCAGACCUGCGCUUUGGCCUUUCGAUUGCAGAAGCCGCGCGGGACUUAGAGGCCGAGCAAGCGCUCGAUCUGCUUGUCCUUCCGCACACGACACUCGCCGAUGGAUCGACACUGAAAUUGUCCGCGCGCGAGAUUAGCGCAUUACUCCAGCGGAAAGACGGGACCCGCUCGGAGAUUGAGCAUUUCAAGGCGCACCGCAAUGACCCAGAUGCACUUGCUUCUCUUCUCUUGCAAAAAUCGCGGCAUGUUGCGUCGGUACAGCCCACUGUAGCGCAACUGCGCGAAUUGCUCGCGCCUUAUCUCGAUGCUGCGAACCUAUUUGCGCCACACGAGCCAGACGCAAAACUGCCGCGGACAAUACGAUGCGACGUUUUCGUCGCGCGGCGCAACUUGCCCGUCCACGGAAGCAGCACCGAGAUGGGUGACCUGCGGCUCCGGAUUGCAGAGACACUCGCCGCGCGAUAUCGUGCCGUAUACAGUGCUGUACCACAUAUCAUGUGGGUGACAGAGUUUCCUUUGUUCACACGCGCCGAUCAGGAGAAGCAGGAACUUGUGCAAGGCCGCUGGAGCAGCUCGCACCAUCCGUUUACCGCACCUGCGGCACAAGAUGUGCCGCGAUUGCUCGAUGCCCUGCGCUCCGCACCGCCUGACGCGACGGCAAUUGCCUCGAUUCACGGGCAGCAUUAUGAUCUAGUGUUGAACGGCAUGGAAAUUGCGGGGGGCAGUGUACGUAUUCAUGAUCCAGCCUUACAAGAGGCCAUUUUCCGGUCUGUCUUGGACCUUAGCGACGAAGAAACGCACCGUUUUGCACAUUUGCUGCACGCACUAAAGUGCGGUGCGCCGCCGCAUGCUGGGAUUGCGAUUGGGUUUGACCGGUUUAUGGCGAUCCUGUGUGGGACGAGUUCGAUCCGCGACGUGAUUGCCUUUCCAAAGAGUAGCUCGGGCGCGGAUCCUUUGUUCGCAAGUCCCGCGCCGCUCGAAGAAGGACCGGCAAAUGAAAUGACUGGGCAGCUCGCGGCGUAUGGACUAAAAAGAGCGACAUAG